AUGGCUGUGAAGGAGCGCAAACCUCCCGCGGCCUCCAAUGGCCAUGCGAACCGCCACGCCAACGGCAAUGGCAAGGCACAAGAGGCCACUACAUCAUCUGGGACGGAUCUGACGCGUUGGCGGAUGCGAGACGAUAGAGGUCGACAUACAUGGCACUAUCUGCAGUCCGACGAAGAAGUCAAGGCUUGGCCGAUGACCACCGCCGACAAGUGGUAUCUAGGCCUGGGCACGGGACUACCAGAUCUUCCAAAGGCACAAACACCGCUUCAAGCUGCAGAGAAUGGCCUCAAGUUCUACUCCAAGUUGCAGCUUGAACCAGGGAACUGGGGUUGCGAGUAUGGCGGUCCAAUGUUCCUCAUUCCCGGCUUUGUAAUUACCCUGUAUGUCAUCGACAAGCCUUUGACGCGACCGGAGCAAACAGAGAUGAUUCGCUAUGUAUUCAACAUGCAGAACGUUGGCGACAAAAACCAUGGCGAUGGCGGGUGGGGACUUCACACGGAAGCUGAUUCAUCAGUCUUCGGCACUGCUAUGAACUACACAGCACUGCGAUUACUAGGCGUUCCUGCAGAUCACCCUCGCAUGCUCAAAGCUCGACACUGCUUGCACAACCUUGGAGGUGCACUGUACGGGCCUCAUUGGAGUAAGUUCUGGUUGUCAGUUCUGGGAGUUAUGUCAUGGGAUGUCGUCAACCCUGUGCCCCCUGAGUUAUGGCUAUUGCCCGACUGGACACCAAUAUCUCCAUGGAAGUGGUGGAUCCACAUGCGCAUGGUCUUUCUGCCCAUGAGCUUUGUCUGGUCGAAAAGGUGGACAUAUCCCCAAGCAGAUUCUGAUCCGUUGAUCCGAGAACUUCGGAAGGAACUGUUCGUGGAGCCGUAUGAAGAGAUCGUGUUUGCCAGUCAUCGUAAUUCAAUCAGUGCGUCAGACAACUUUCACCCCAAAACAUGGGUGUUGAAUCUGAUCAACUGGCUCUUGGUCUUCAUCUGGAUUCCUUUCCUGCGAGGCCCUGCGCUGAUCAAAAAAGCGGAAGAAUGGGUCUGGCAGAUCCUACAGAUGGAAGAUGCCAAUACCGACCAUGCUUGCCUUGCUCCAGUCAAUGCUCCAAUGAACACUCUGUGCUGCUACAUCGAAGAAGGACUUGAUGCCGAGUCUGUUGCGAAGCAUCGCGAACGCCUACACGACUACAUGUGGGUCUCAGACAAGGGCAUGAUGGUCAAUGGCACCAAUGGCGUGCAGAAUUGGGACACAGCUUUCACCAUACAAGCAGUCACAGAGACGGGCUUAGCGACCAAGCCUGAGAACCACAACACGCUGGUCAAGGCUCUGGAGUUCCUGGAGGAUCAGCAGAUCUUGGAGCAUGCGGUCGGCUACGAGGGAUCAAGCAUUUACCAGGAUCCACCUACAAGGCAUUCAGGGCCUGAGGCGGGUUAUCGCCACGCGCGACGAGGUGCAUGGGGGUUCAGUAACCGCACGCAGGGCUAUACUGUCUCCGAUUGCACCGCAGAAGCACUCAAAGCUAUUCUGCAGCUGCAAACAAUGCCCGAUCCGAGCAGCCCACAGAAUAAGUUAUUCCCGAGCUUGAUCAACGACCGAAGGAUCAAAUGGGCAGUCGAUAUCCUAUUGACCAUGCAGAACGAUGUGGGUGCCUGCAGUUCGUACGAGCCCCGGAGAGGUAGCCAGAAAUUGGAAGUCCUAAAUGCAGCAGAGGUCUUUGGUCGGAUCAUGGUUGAGUACGACUACCCGGAGUGCACGACCGCUUGUGUCACAACACUUCAGCUCUUCCGCGAGAAGUACCCCGGCUACCGGACUGACGAGAUUGACGUGUUCAUCAAGCGCGCAGUAGACUGGAUCCGGACGGACCAACGAGUCGACGGCUCUUGGUAUGGCAGCUGGGCUAUCUGCUUCACCUAUGCCGGCAUGUUCGCUCUCGAGAGUCUUGCCACUCAAGGUGAGACAUACGAGAACAGUGAGCGAGUGAGAAGGGCGUGCAAGUUCUUCCUUGACAGGCAGGAACAGGAUGGCGGCUGGGGCGAAUCGUAUCGGAGCUGUGAGACUGCUACCUGGUGUCGCCAUCCGGAUGGGUCACAAGUUGUACAGACUGCCUGGGCCCUCAUCGGACUGUUAGAGGCCCGGUACCCGCACAGAGAGCCACUUGAACGCGCUAUCAAGCUCCUCAUGCAUCGACAGCAACCCAACGGCGAGUGGCUGCAAGAGGGUAUCGAGGGCGUGUUCAACAAGAGUUGCACAAUCUCAUAUCCCAACUACAAGUUCAUCUUCCCGAUCAAGGCGCUGGGCAUGUACAGCAGACGGUUCGGCGAAGUGCAGGAGAACAGGACCAGCUAA